GGUCGUCGCUACUCGUGGCAGCGUUGGCAACGCUGCCGCCGGCUGGGAGGUAAACACACGCCAUGGCCGCCCUCAGGAACUCCCUCGCCCUGCUGCCCCGCCUUCCCCGCCUCCUCGGCGCCGCCCCCAGGGUAACAAGCACAUGCCCUCAGAGAACCUUCACAGCAUCCCAGCCGUUCCCGGUGGCACAGUAUGGCGGGCGGUUCACCGUCACCAUGAUCCCCGGCGAUGGCAUUGGCCCCGAGAUGAUGGGCUACGUGCGGAACAUCUUCAGGUACGCGGGGGUGCCGGUGGACUUUGAGGAGAUUCAGAUCACCAAGGACUCCACCGAGGAUGAGUUUGAGAAGGCGCUCAUCUGCAUCAAGAGGAACGGAGUGGCCCUCAAAGGUGGGAAACGCCACCCCCUCCGCUACCCUGACCUGGACAUUGUGCUCAUCAGGGAGAACACGGAGGGGGAGUACUCCAUGAUGGAACACGAGAAUGUGAGUGGCGUGGUGGAGAGCCUGAAGGUCAUCACACGCUUUGCCUCGGAACGCAUCGCCCGCUACGCCUUCCAGUACGCGGAGAGGAACGGGAGGUCAAAGGUCACCGCCAUACACAAGGCCAACAUCAUGAAGAUCUCCGACGGACUAUUUCUCGAGACCUGCUGGCGCGUCUCAAAAGAAUACCCGCACCUUGAAUUCUCAGACAUGAUCGUGGACAACACUUGCAUGCAGCUGGUCUCUAAGCCUCACCAGUUUGAUGUCAUGAUUCUGCCUAACCUCUAUGGCAAUGUGGUGUCCAACGUCGCCUGUGGGCUUGUCGGAGGGCCCGGUCUGCUGUCUGGGAGGAAUUAUGGAGAGCAUUUCGCCGUGUUUGAGCCUGGCACACGCAACACAGGGACAUCGGUGGCUGGGUUGAACGUCGCAAACCCGGUUGCAAUGCUUAACGCAGCCUGUGAUAUGCUGGACCACCUGGGCCUGACCGCUCACUCUGGGCUCAUCCGCAAGGCUAUUGAUAAGACCAUUAAUGUGGACUUGAUACAUACUGCUGAUAUUGGCGGACAAGCAACCAGCCUCGAUGUGGUUCAGAAUAUCAUCCACGAGGUUCAGGAAGCAACCAAAGGAGGCAGUUGGUUAGGAUAGGCCUACCCCCCACCCCCACCCCCACCCCCCGCCGCCCCUCCAGCCGCCGCAGUCACACCUGAGAAUUACGUUUACUAAUGAGCCUAAUUAAGGAAAAUGAGACAGGUAAUUAGAUAGAUCAUUGUUAUUAUUAUUGUUGAUGUUAGGGUCUCAAUUAUCUACCUAAUGCUUUAAUAUCUACACACACAUAUAUACGUCAUUAGUGAAACAAUUAGAGAGAAAGUAAGAUAGCAAUUAAAGAAAGAAAGAUAGCAAUUAAGAGAAAGAAAGAAAGCAAUUAGAUAUAGUAAAGAAAGAAGAUAGGAAAUUAAUUAAGAAUAUGAAGUUAGAGACUAAUAAAAAAAGAAUAUAUAUGAUUUUAAAGACAUUGAAAAAGCUUUAUUGUUAAUAGUAGAAAGUUAGUAGAUACAGUCGUGUGUGUGUGCGUGUGUGUGUGUAUGUGUACAGUGUAAGUAUGUGUGUGUGUGUGUGUGUGUUUUAUUUGUACAUAGUCACCGCCGUCACUUUGUUCGUUCGUGUGUUUGUUCGUUGUACAAUACUUAAGUGGUGGUCAUGAAA